AGGUCGUCACACAUCCAAGUCUAGGCAACACUCUCAUUCAAUGGCACGUCUUCACUUUGCUGCACUGCUUGUGGCGGCAGCGCUGGUGGUCGCAUCCGGCACUCGCGUGCCACUGCAGGCCGCCGCGCCCGCUCCUGCUGCUUCAAACGGCGCUGACGUCCUCUUUACGAUGGAGGCUCAGCAGGCGACCUUCACAGAUGACAAGACACUGACCCUGUCUGGUUUGACCGGAAGCGCACAGAGCUUUGCCGUGGGCGGCAAGACUGCAGUCUACCCGAUUGCAGCAUUCACCGGCUCGCAGUUUGUAAACGCGGCUGGCGAGUGGCUCGGCAACCCCCAGGCAGUCUUCUAUGGUGUCAACGCCCAGGGUAACCUGACCACAGUUGUCCUGGCGCUGUCAUCCCCCAAGGUCUCUGCCCCUGCCGCCGGAGUCACCAACAACAACAACAACAACAACAACAACAACAAUGGCGGCUGGGGAGCAGUGAACAACAACAACAACAACAACAACAAUGGCGGCGGGGGAGCAAACAACAACAACAAUAACAACAACAACGGCGGCUACGGAGCCGUGAACAACAACAACAACAAUAACAACAACGGCGGCUGGGGAGCAAACAACAACAACAACAACAACAACAACGGCCGCCACUAGAGUGGAGGACGCAUAUAGAGCAUUCCAUAGCGAAAGACACGAGCGUGUUCCUUAGUCGCGCAACUCAGCUGCAGCGGUUGGGCGAACAAGUAGC